AUGAACGUAUGUGAGCUCUGUACCUGCAAUAAUGAGACGCUGUCAUGUACUGGUUUCAGCCCAAAGCAGAAGCUCCACAGAGUGCCUAUGCCACAGCCCAACACAUACAAUGGCACCUUCACCACUUUAAAUUUGAAAGGCAACUCUAUUUCUCAGUUUGAUAAGGAUAUAUGGAAGUCAUACCACGAGACUGAGAAACUAAUCCUCAGUGACAAUAAUUUAAAAGAAUUACGUAAGGAAUCAUUUGAAGGUCUGCUCUUCCUCAAAUAUUUAGACUUAUCUGGCAAUAAUAUAAAAUUUAUUGAAGAGAGUACAUUUGAAACACUGCCUUUUUUGGAAUAUCUAAAUCUUGGUGGCAAUUUAAUCACAGAAGUGAGCUCUGGAAUGUUUCAGGCCUGGCACGGAAUGCAGUUUUUACACACGUUAAUUCUCCAUCAUAAUCCUCUGACAACUAUUGAAGAUUCAUAUCUUUUUAAAUUGCCAGCAUUACAAUAUUUGGACCUGGGAACAACACAGGUGUCGCUGACAACAGUUGAGAACACCCUCACGAUGAGCACUAAACUGGAAAAACUGAUCCUACCCCGCCAUUUGGCCUGCUGCCUCUGCCAAGUCAAAAACACGAUUGAGACUGUCAGCCACACGGUCAGACUGCACUGCGACACUGAGUGCCUGACAAAGACACAGUGUGCGGAGGAAGAACCACAUUUAACAAGUGAGGAAGGCUCUUUCCUAAAAGUGCUACAAGACCGGAAGAACACCAGCGCUGAGCUGAUGAUCGAGCCAGAGAGGACAUCCUCAGACAAAAAUGACGACAACCUGUCAGCCUUCCUGAAUCUCCUGAUGAAGCUUCUCAGUGAGCAAGAAGAAGCGAAGGUUUCCAAGGCAGAGUGGGAUGUGAAUCAGUGGGAAAAUGAGAAAACAGAAGCUCCGGAUGAAGAGGAAGAGGAGGAGGCACUUGUGGUGAGGACAGCUCCCAAAACACAAAGACCUGACAGUUAG